CACUACUUUCAUUGGAUCUCCGCUGUUACCAGUGAUCGCGCGCGGUUGUAGGUCCAUAUCUUCGACUUGUACAAGUCACUGUUUUCCCCGACUUGUACAAGUUGUUUUGACCGUCGUGAAGUGUUCGCAGUUUCAAAAAUUAUAACCAUUAUUGUCACUUCUAGCAUCUAUAUUGAAACAUCCAUGUAGCACUGGAAACGUCAUUCAAGUUAUUGAAAUUCUUGUGUUUUGUGUUGAUGAACAAGUGCUUGAAUAUGUGGUGUGUCAGUGAAAUCAUCAGUUGAGAAAAUUCUAACAAAGUCGGAUGAAAAUUAGCUGUGAUGACAAAUAGCUAGUAUAGUUUUAUCUAAUUGCGUCUAAUAAUAAUUAUUAUUAUUUAUUUAUUGGAUAGUUCGCAAUGGCAAUAGACUCACGAUGAAAGUGUAUAUCUUGCUCAUCGUAAUUUUCGGCCUUAUGUCAAAUGUCAUCGCUAUCAAAUGGUUGACUUUGAGCAACAUAUCGCACCACAAGAACGUUUGCGCGGAGGCGCGUCGCCUGAAUGCGCUGACAAGAGGCCAGGUGCGACUCUGCAAUGAGGUGCUGUUGCAACUGAAGGCGGCCGCAUCACUGGCUGUCUCCACCUGUCAGCAGGCAUUCUCAACCAGGCGGUGGAACUGCUCAUCCGUUGUCAGGGCACCCAACUUCGGUCCAGACCUUACUACAGGCACCAGAGAACAGGCGAUAGUGCACGCAAUCAGUGCAGCGUCGCUGGUGCACACUCUGGCUCGCGCAUGCGCACAAGGCCAGGUGCGAGGGUGCACAUGUGCGCCAAGCCCCAAGUCAGUGGUGCACCUGCACUCGUCCAUUGGCGAGGGCGGCUUCAAGUGGGGAGGCUGCGGCGAUAACGUCAAGUGGGCUGUCGCCUUUGCUCGCCGCUUCCUCGAUGCCCAUCACAAGACAAACAUCAAAAGUUUGCAAACAAUUGACACAACAGCGCAGCAAACUCAGCACAGUGUAAAUCUGCAUAAUAACAAGGCUGGCCGUAAGCUGGUGGAGAAGAGCGCUCGUCUCCAGUGCAAAUGUCACGGCGUGUCAGGGUCAUGCAGUGUGAAGACAUGUUGGCGAGCCCUGGCCCCCAGUCUGGGUGAACUGCAGUCCCGCCUCUUGCAGCUCUACGCGACGGCGGUUGACGCGGGGCGGCACACCAUUGGGAGUGGGGGCGGCAAAUGGGAGGCCGACAAAUGGCACAUCUCUGGGGGCGGCAAAUUGGAGGCCGACAAACGGCUCAAGGAUGAACUGCUUGUCUAUUUGACCAAGUCCCCCGACCACUGUUACCUCGAUGAGAAGCAAGGCAGUGUUGGAACCACUGGAAGGACAUGCAACGCCACGGCGACGGGACACUUUGGUUGCGAGAGCAUGUGUUGUGGGCGGGGCCACACUAGUCACGUGGAGGAGAGCCAACAGAGAUGUCACUGCCGCUAUCACUGGUGCUGCUAUGUCAAGUGUAAAACAUGCACUAUCAAACUGUCAAAGCAUAUUUGCAAAUAAAACACUACUCAUCGAA